UCACUCAUUAUUCAAAUCUAUAUUUUUGAGUGCUUUCUAUGUGCCGGGAUGAUCCUGGUGCUGAGAGUAUGGCCUACGUGGGGUUACUUUCUAAUGGACAGGCAAGCGUAGACAAAGUAAAUAUCUGAGUAGUAUGUCAGGUGGUAAUAAGUACUGGGUAGAGAAUGAAGCAGGAAAAAUGAGUGGUGAAAGAGGUGCAAUUUUAUAUGUGAUGGGGUGAGGGAAGGCCUCCCUGAGGAGGUGACAUUUGUGCAAAGACCUGAAGGAGAGAGAGCUGUGUGGACAUCUGGGGGGAGUGUUGCAGAGAGAAAGCAUGUACAAAGACCCUGAGGUAGGACUUGGCUGCCUUCCUGACCUCUGUGUGUGUGUCCUGCAGUGAGUGGCAGCACCCAGAACAUCUCCCUGCCCAACCUUCCCUGGGGUCCGUGUGAGCUGUGGGUGAUGGCAUCCACCAUCGCAGGACAGGGCCCACCUGGUCCCAGCCUCCGGCUUCACCUACCAGAUAACACCCUAAAGUUCAAAAUUCUGCCUGGUGUCCUUUUCCUGUGGGGCUUGUUCCUGAUGGGCUAUUGCGUGAUAGCCUCCAGGUGGCCCCACCUGCGGCACAAGGUGCUGCCCCACUGGGUCUGGGAGAAGGUCCCUGAUCCUGCCAACAGCCAUUUCAGCCAGCCCUAUGUGGAGGAGGUACCCCAGGCCCAACCCCCCAAGGACUUGCCCAUCAUGGAAGUGGAAGACAUGCAACCGCUACCGAUUACGGAGCCCCCACAGGCCUCCACCCGGCUUGACUCUGGGUAUGAGAAACACUUCCUGCCCACGCCUGAGGAGCUGGGCCUUCUGGGCCCCACUCAGGCUCCAGGUUCUGGCUUGAAUCAACCCCAGGCUGGGAGAGGGGUGCUCAUUUGACAGCUGAAGACACUGAGGUCCAGAGAGGCUUGAGUCAAUUGCCUGAGGACACCCAGCCAGAAGAACUGAGAUUGAAAGACCCCUACAGAGAAGGGCCUGGCCCUAUAGGGAAUAUAUGGAUGGAUGAAGGAACAAAGGAAAAUACAUGAAAUCCAGAGUGGCAGCUGCCUCCCCAAAUCUGUCCUCCUGCUGUGACAGAGCCGUAGUUGGGCAUACACCCAGCAUCCCUUGUAGUGAGGUGUGGCCAUGCACAAAGUUCUCGCUAAUGGAUGUGAGCAGAAGUGAUAUGUGCAGAAGCUGGGACACAGUGGGGAUCUUCCAUAUCCUCUUCCCUUUCCCAUGAGCUGGAAUAUUGAUGUGAUCCAGCUUCAGCUGGACCCAAGGGGAGUGUUGGGGCAAGAAAUGGAAAGGAACCUGAGUCCCCAAGUGACUGCAGGGAUCAGAGCCACCCAGAGAAAUAAACUUUUGUUUUUAUAGUUAC